GACUAGUUUCUCAUCUUCUCCAUCAGCAGCGGAAUCUUUUCCCAGCAAAAAGCACAUCGAAUUUAUCUCCAACCGUGGAUCAGCUCAAAUAUUGGCCCUUUGUGCGCCCCUUUCUGACCUCUCCCUUUGUGUCUGGCCAGCCCUGGUUCCCAACAGACUGCGAGUUAUCAAGCCACUACUCCUGCAUACUAUUUGUUUCUUUCCACUCUCCCGGGAUGCCUCAGCCUUUGGCAGGAUUCUCACCUUGAUCCUUGUAUCCAGUCUGUCGUGCAUUUCGCCUCCUCCCGAGCGUCAUGGCUCAAGCAACGCCUUUUCAGAAGGAGGCGUGGACGGAAUAUGCCAUUGGCGUGAUUAUCCUGCUGCUGCGCAUUUUUGCGCGAGUCAAAGUCGUUGGCUUCCGGAACUGGCAGGGCGAUGAUUACUUUGCCAUUAUUGCGCUGCUCUUCUGGACGGCCGAAUUGACCAUGUUGGAGAUGAUCGGCCAAUACGGGACCAACAUCGGCCUCAGCGACGACCAACGAGCAGCCUUGACGGUGGGCGAGACUUUGGGGCUUCAGAUCGGCUCCAAGUGUCUGUUGGCUGGAUGGACCUGCUAUGUGACGCUCAUCUGGUCGCUCAAGGCCUGCAUGCUCUUCUUCUACAACCGGGUGACUCUCGGUCUCACGCAGCAAAAAGUCGUCAAGUUCUGCGCCGGCCUCUGCGCAGCCACCUAUACCGCCGUCAUCCUCACCAUCUUCCUCCAUUGCCGUCCGCUGCAUAAGAACUGGCAGGUCUAUCCCGAUCCUGGAGUCAACUGCAGCGCCGACUAUGUCAACUACAUUGUCAUUGCCGUGACCAACGUCUCAACCGACGCGCUUCUCGUUUCCAUCCCCAUUCCUCUGCUCGCCAAAGUCCGUCUUACGUUGCGCCGCAAACUGCUCAUUGGAGUCCUUCUCUGCGGUGGUGUCUUCGUCAUGGUUGCCACUCUCCUCCGAUGCAUUCUCUCUCUACAGAGCAUCGACAGCAUCAACACGAGUACCAUCUGGGCGAUUCGCGAAACAUUCGUCGCCAUCAUCUCCGUCAACGCCCCCUGCAUCAAACCCCUCUUCUCCAGCUCCAUCUGGCUCGGCUCCUCGAAAGACCCCUCCUCCAAGAACCGUGCCGCCAGCUACAGUCUAUCUGUCUUUGGCAAGUCGAAACCCAGCCAGCUCGCCUCGACAAAUACAUACCACGGGGAACGCGGCAGUGGCGAGUUCAUCCUGCAGGAACCCUCGCAUGGCCAUGCCUUUAUGGGCGGCGAAGGCGCCAGCAUGUCGGAUGAAGAGGCGGCGCGGAAGGGGGGGAUCCAAGUGACGACUCAAUAUGAGGUGCGACGCGAUGUAGACUAGAUUAACUACUAUAUAUAUUUCUUUUCCAUGUACUUAUAUGAUAUCCUUGAUGUUCUUCUCUUUUUGUCGAUUUUUGCUUUUUGGGCCUUAUGCGGAGCUAUCCCGAAUAGGACUAGUGUCGGAUGUUGAGCGAGACUAAAAAUUGCAGAUUUUUUGAUCCAAAAUGAAAAAAUGAAAAAGAAAAAUGAAAAAGGAAAGGAAAGAAAAAGUAAUGAGAAAAAGAACAGAAAUAAAAUGUGACUAUCAGGCUAUCAGCAGUCUGAAGAAUAAGGCUGCCAAGGGUAGAGCCGAUCGCAAUAGAUAUCUGGAUUGAUGCUGUCAGAUAACUUAAUCUCCAUCUAUAUACGAAUUACGAACAGUUCAUCUUGUGUAUAGCUUCAACCCAGUCCAGUCA